AGGAAAACUAGGGCACGACCUCGGAGCUCCGUCAAUGGAGAAGGGCUUGGUCUCCAUAGAUCGAUGGGUGAAAGGGAGCCAGGCUUACUUUCUCACUCACCUCCAUGCUGACCAUACCAGAGGCCUCUCUCCGCUAUGGACCCUCGGGCCCCUCUUCUGCUCUCCCAUCACCGCCCGCCUCCUCCCCUCUCGCUUCCCCGGGCUUGAUUCCUCCUUGAUUCGGGUUCUGGAGAUUGGUCUCACCCACUCCAUCACUUUGAUCUCUAAAUGCUCUGGAUCCGAGGUCCAUAUUCUUGUCACCCCAAUCGACGCUAAUCACUGCCCCGGUGCAGUGAUGUACUUGUUCCGUGGUGAAUUUGGAACUGUGUUACAUACUGGGGAUUUUCGAUGGGAAUUGGACUCUGAAAGGGCACAACUGGCUAGGAGAAACCUUCUUGAUGCUCUGGGAGGUGAAAGAGUAGAUUUGCUUUACUUGGACAACACUUACUGUCAUCCAUUCUUUUCAUUUCCUACUCGAGAAGUUGCCGCCCAACAGGUAGUUGAUUUUAUAAAGCAGCAUCCCAAUGAUGAAAUCAUAAUUGCUGUUGACAACCUGGGGAAAGAAAACUUAUUGGUUUAUAUUUCACAAGCUUUGGGCGUAAAGAUAUGGGUAUGGCCAGAGCGCUUGAAGACCAUGCACAUUCUUGGGUUGGAUGAUAUUUUUACAACAGAUACCAGUCUAACCAGGGUCCGAGCUGUUCCUAGGUAUAGUUUUACAUUAGAUACACUUGAGGGACUGAACACUAUAUGCCCCACCAUAGGUAUCAUGCCUUCUGGUCUUACAUGGGGUUCUCUAGCUUUUGAGAAGGAUAUUGGAUAUGUUGGUCUGUCAGAAUCAGAAGGUCAUAGCGGUGAGAAAAGUAAGAACAAUAGGAAAAGAUCUACAAAUGGAAAUAUAAAAUUGGCUGGAGAUCAGAUAAAACCUCCUUGGAAGUUCCAAGAGUAUUCAUAUUCAUUUCCAUAUUCUGACCAUGCAUGCUUCAGUGAGAUACAGGAGCUUAUGAGGACUGUGCUGCCCAAAAACGUGUUUGGUAUUGUGUCUGCGUCCUCUUUCGAUAUCCAUCCUUGUCACCACUUUGAUAAUCUCAACUGUGAAUUAUGUACAGUCUCUGGAAGUGAGAUCAGCACAAAAGUCAGAGGGAAUCAUCUGGAUGCUUCUUUCCGCAAUAAACUUAACAGGAGAGCUGUUUUGCAUCAGAAUUUGAACAGAUCAAAUGUGAAAUGUGGAAGACAUCUUCAACCUUCUGCCUCCAAAACUAAUAGAAACGAAGGUUGCACUGAGAAAGGGUAGCAUGAGGCAUAGACAUUGUGGAAAAUGUUGACAGUAAAAGAAUCUGAGUUGAAUGAUGAAAUUGUCUAACUUGUGAUGUAAUUAUC